AUGACUAGUCAAGCAUUUAGUCAAGGAAUUCAUCUAAAUGAAAAAUCAGAUUUUAGUUUAUUACGUUUGUAUAUUGAACAAGAAGUAUCAAAUGCUAGUUUACAACAACUUGUUGAAACAAUUCAAAAUUCAAAAGAUUCCGAAACAUGUUUCUAUUCAUUUGUUAUUCCAAUUCGAUUAGAUAAAUGUUAUCAAAUAUCUGAUUCAUUUACUGAAUUUAUUAUUCAUCAACAAAAACGUGCUAUGACAUUUGCUCAACAAAAUGUCAGAAGUCUUUGUAGUCAUUCAAAUCAAAUUGUUAUUCGAUUCGUUUAUGAUAAAUUACCACCACGACCAGAAUUUCGUAUUUUAUCAAAUGCUUCACAAGCAGAUUUACUUUCUCGUACACAUCCUGUUCGUCUUAGUGGUACUAUUAUCGCAUCGAGUGCUAUUUUACCUUACAUACGUGGGCUUAAGUAUGUAUGUCAUAGUUUAAUGUGUCCUUUAAGUGAUCGAAAACGUCAAAAAUUUAUAUUAUUUGAUAUUGAAAAUCCAUAUAUUUGUAAAGUUGGAGAAACAAUUUUAUGUGAAGGAUGUGAUUUAUUUCUUGAUGAAGAUAUCAAUAAACGAUGGAUUUCUGAAAAACUUAUUAUUGCUGUCAAAAUAAAAGAACCAGAAACACCUAUUCUUUCAUCAACAUACAAUCUUCAAUGCGAUACUUUAUUAUCAAAUACACAUACAAUAAUCAUUCGUGAUGAAUAUAUUUCACAUAUUCGUCUUGGUGGUAAAUAUAAUUUUAUUUGUUAUGCUAUUUAUAAUCCUCAUUCAAAUGGAGUAGUUUUUGAAGCAUUACAUUGUGAAUUAAUACAAAUACGCCGUCUUUCAUUACCAGAUUCUAUUUGUCAUUUACAUAAUAAUUUUGCUCGUCAUCAUUCAUUUAGUUUUCUUAAUAUUUUAUCAACACUUUUUUGUCCACAUAUUCGAUUAGCUAAAUAUUGUAUUCAUGUAAAAAUGGGUUUAAUACUUAGUCUUGUAUCAUCUUCAAUUCAUAUACUUAUUGUUGGUAAUGAAAGUCGUGUAGCUGAUAUACUUUGUCAAACAGCAUUAAAAUAUACUCGAGAUAGUGUUAUUCAUCGACAACAACAUCCACUUACACUUGCAUCUAUUUCAAAAAAUAAACAUCAAUCAUUUAUUGUUUCUGCUGGUUCAAUUGCUAUUGGUGAUGGUGGAAUAACGUAUUUGGAAAGUAUUGAUAGUUUAACUAAAUCACAAAUAAAAGAACUUCUUUCUGCAUUUGAAACAAAAACACUCAGUAUUGAAGUGAAUAGAAAUGAAGAAACAUCAAAAAUUAUUUAUACGACACCAUUUAAUAGUAAUAUUUGGGCUUAUCAUGAUAGUCGUUUAUGGUUACAUGCUGGUCGUGUAACAGAACCAACUAAUGAUUUGUCAUCAGCAUUAGCUGAUGCAUUCAGUCUAGUAUUACCAUUAGAUGAAAUUGAAAAUGAAUAUGAAGAAACAAUUGAAUAUUAUUUGGAUUCAAUGUUAAACAAUGAUAAUCAAAAUGAAAUAAUAGAUCAACGAACUAGUCAAUGGAUUGAUGAUAUUCGAAGUUUUCUUGUCUAUGUUCGAACAAUAGAAAUGCCAUUGAGUCAUGAAGCUGAAUUUCUUUUGAAAAAAUAUUUUUGUGCAUGUCGUCGAACAAAACGUACUUUAUUUGCUUAUACAGAACUUCCUGCUUCAACUACCGAUGUCUUAACAAAACUUUGUGAAGGUAUAGCUAAAUGUAAUGUACAUAUUGAAGCUACUGAAUCUGAUAUGAUUCUAGCAAUUUAUUUAUUUGAAAUCUCAACAAUGACUCGACUUGGUUGUGAAAAUCUAGUCAAUGAAAAAUAUCGAUUACCACCUGUUCUUACUGAUCCAAUUUUGAUUGAUACUGUCGAACAACAUAUGAUUUUUUUCUCUCGAGAACUUGCUACGUUUUGUAAUGAAUAUACACCAUCUUCAAACUAUUAUUAG